UAUUUAUAUACAUAUAUAUUUUUUUCAUUUUGUAUUUACGCUGUGGUGCCUUUAAAAUUGGUUUACCCCUAAGUGUGCCUGGUUUCAGAGGAGCAAGGAGGAGGGAAGAGCUGAAUCCAUAAAAGAAUGCAACCCUGUGAGUCUCCAGACCAAAUGUCUUUCUUCUUUCAGAAAGUACAUCACAGUCAAACAGACGGAUACAGUGAAAAGUGUUUGUUCCUUGCUGGCUUCACAGUCUCUCUUUCCAUCAGGAGGAAUAAUUCUCAUAGACAUGAGCAUCUCUGCCAACCUCAGCAUGAUGUCUGGAAACCAAACACAAGGAAAUAACACAAAAUGUAAUCUUGAAAAUGACGACAGGACCUUCCAGGUGGUUCCAGUCUAUAUCCUCAUCGUAGCUGUGCUGGGAAUAGUCCUUAAUAUGUUUGUGUUGAUGGUGUUCUGCCUCCACAAGAAAGCCUGCACCGUGCCUCAGAUCUACUUGAGCAACCUGGCAGCUGCUGACCUUGUCCUGGUGUCCUGUUUGCCCUUCUGGGCCAUUAAUGUUUCAAGGAAAUUUGUUUGGACUUUUGAUGAAUCCUUGUGCAAAAUUAUCAAUGUGGGGAUUGUAAUGAAUGCUUACUGCAGCAUCUACUUCCUGGUUCUGGUGAGCAUAGAUCGUUAUAUGGCUCUUGUACACCCGAUGACCCAAAUGAGAAUGCGCCGACCUUCUUAUGCUAAACUUGGAUGUUUGCUGGUGUGGGGUCUGGGCUUUCUCCUGAGUCUCCCCUCACUCAUCUUUAGGAAACUAGACUUUGAGGGAAGAUGCCAUAUUGAUUAUCCAAAAAAUAUGUAUCUGGUGUUUGAGCUUAUGCUCUUCAUAUUCAGUUUCUGCAUACCUAUUUCCAUUAUUUCCUUCUGCACAAUCAAAAUUAUCAAAGUGCUGACGAACAGGCUAACUGAGGCUUUAGGGUCUCAGAACAAGGACCAGAAGGCCACCACUCUGGUCUUGGCGGUCCUUUUGGCGUUCCUGAUCUGCUGGGUGCCUUUCCACCUGACUAAGAUGACAACGAUACUUAGUAAAAUGGGCAUUAUAACAAAAUGCUCCGUCCUUUAUGUCCUGCUCAUCUGCCGACAGACCUUCACCUACUUUGCCUUCUUCAACAGCGUUCUCAACCCCAUUCUCUACGUCAUUGUUGGCAAAAACUUCAGGACAAAAACGAAGGAACUCUUUAAGCAGUGGAGUGAUGUGAGAAAACAACACAGUAAACUGUCAAGAAGUUGUCAAACUCAAAAUGUUACACCCUGAUCACAGUGAUGGGCAAUUUUCAUCUUUGAAUAUAUAAGUUUUGUCAUUAUGUUGACAGUUAAUUCGUUUAUGUUUCCCAGUUUGUUUGUUUUUUUCCACAGUUUUUAAAAAAACUGAAACUGAAAAUAAAACAAGGUAACUUUAAGUUUUUUAAACCAAAUUAUGUGAUACUUUUCUAAUGAAUGAUACAUACAUACAUACAUACAUACAUACAUACAUACAUACAUACAUACAUACAUACAUACAUACAUACAUACAUACAUACAUAGAUACUUUCACCUUUAAUUGUCAAUAUUUUAACAAAUAUUGGGAGAUAAAAAUGAUGGGGGAAAAAAUCUUCUUAUGUCAGCUUAUAAUAUAUUUUAUGCAGAAUCCAAUGACUUUUUUAUCGUCCAUCCCUACAUCAUGUAAAACCCACUCAUUCCAAUGCAGGAUCACAAGGAUCCACUGGAGUCUACCCCAGCUGUCACUGGACAAAAGGCAGGGGUACACCCUGGAACAGUUUAUCACAACAACACACCUACAUGAUCUCUGUCAGUAACCAGUAUUGGUUAUUAUAGAUGUAUAAAAUCUAUAAUUAGAUACAUAAAUCUAUAGCAUAUAAAUAUAGUCAGUGUACUCUUACAGUGAAGAUUUAAAAGGCUUUUCCAAUGCUCUGAUCUAUUCAGUCUGUGGAUGUACAGCCUAAGUACAGAUAUUGGGGGUGAUAAACAUAACCCCUCUCUGCAGAAUGUGAGCCUACAGAUGUAAUUGGACUCACCCGGUGAGAAACACCAUAAAGAAUGUGAGAGAUGAGUAUCUCCUUCUAGUUAAAUAGACCUAGGAAUAUUUGGAAUAAACCAUGCAAAAAGGUGAAAGCAAACAUCAAAUAUCGUUUGACAUGCCUGCACUCGUUCCCAACGGUUGGCUUCCUUUGUGUUUUUUAGGUAUUUAGGGCAUGCCAUUGUUUACACAUUCAUUUCGUGCUCUCUAUUCUUCAAAAUGGAAUGUUAAUAUAAAUAUAUCACCUACUUGGAUGUUUGUUUUUUUCACUGUGUAUUAUUUAUCUGCAUGUGUCCUUUUGCCAGUAACUAACACUAUUUGCUACGUGACAUCUGAUAAACAAAUCAGUUAAAAUCCCAACUUUGUCAUCUAAGAUCCAAUGUGGUUCCAGACAUCCUGUAUACCUCUUGUAGUAUUUUACAGGAUAUGUGAAACUGGAUCUUCUGUUUUGCCAUUCACACCAGAAGAGUUGUUUGAUUAGAAAUAAUUUCUGACACAACAAUAUACUGUUCUUACUACAUAACUAACCAGCACUACCACAUGUGUCUUGUAUUUCCAAAGUAAUGGACUUAAGCUGAGAUAAUGAAAAUGAUUCACAAACAAGAGCAACUAACUGAUGCCACCUUGUGAUAGUUUAGAGGUGAGAACCAGAAAACAAGGCCUGCCUAUUUGAACUUUGUUGUAUAUGAUCAUAAAUGUAUGUAUUCUUAGUAUCAUAAAUGAUAUGCUUCAUUUGUCAAAACAGGAAAUCCUGCCUGCGUACAUGCCUCUGCAUUUGUUGUAUACUGUUUAAUAUUUAGAGUUAAGCAAUAUGUUAACAUGUUUUAGUCCUGAUUUGAGAAAGUAUCUGUGUAUCAAGUAUUUUUUUAUACUAAACUUUGUGUACCUUGGCUGGCAUGAAUUCAAGCAACAUUCACAGUGUUUAUUUUAUAAGUAAUAAACUUUGCAAUGUUCACUGUCACAGCAGGUUUACUGUAUCCUUUUGAUAUAUUUUGUAUUGCUUGCAUGCGUAACCAACACAGAUGCGCUUGUUGUAUGUUAUCCAUCCCCUAGAUGGGAAACAAGAUCAAUCCAACAACUUUCUUGAAUCUGGUUCAACAUGAUCUCAUUUUUAGACUUGGAAUAUAACAGCACAAUGUUUCCUCUCAGAUUUUUUUCAGCAGCGGGGGCAGGCUCUCCGUGGAGUCAUUGCGAAGUAAAGAAAUUACCCUCGACUCCAGAUUUUACUGUUAUAAACUAUUGAUUGAAUGACCAGUUGAAAAUGUAAUUUUCAAGGCUGAAUGUAAAACAAAAUAAAAA